GUACCCAUAAUCUCCACAUCCUCCUCCUCCCACCUCUACUCCGGCCACCGGCCGCCUCCUCCCACGCUCCCCCCGCCGCCGCCGCCGCCGCCGCCGCCGCCAUCGCCACCCGCCUCCUCCUUCUAGCAGUAGUAAUAAAGGAAGGAAGAAAAUCCACCGCCCUACCCCUAUCUAUCCGUUGCCUCACGUCCGUUUCCCACAUUUUCCGCUUCCUUCGUCCAUCGCCAUCUAUUAACCCGCCCCCCCACGAUUCCUGCCGAGAAAUUUCUCCCCCCCACAGAGAGGGAGGCGAUCCCUAGCCUCGUCCUGAAUCUCGCGGCGCCGCCAAUUCGAUCUGCCCGCGCCGUCUCAGGGCGGCGAAUCUUGGGCUGGAGUCGGGGGGAGAGAUCCGGGAUCUUCCUUUUCUUGGGUGUUCCCGGGACGCAAAUCUUGCGGCCGCCGGGCAAUGUGACUGGGGUUCUUGUGGGGGGUGAGGCGAUUCGCGCGCGCAUUCGGUGCUGAAUCUUGCGGGGAUGGAGCAUGUGAUCGGGGGGAAGUUUAAGCUGGGGAGGAAGAUUGGGAGCGGAUCUUUUGGGGAGCUAUACCUUGGUGUGAAUAUACAGAGCAGCGAGGAGGUAGCCAUCAAGUUGGAAUCUGUAAAAUCAAGGCAUCCUCAGCUUCAUUAUGAGUCAAAACUAUACAUGCUUCUGCAGGGGGGAACUGGAAUUCCUCAUCUGAAGUGGUUUGGAGUGGAGGGGGAGUACAAUGUCAUGGUUAUCGAUCUUCUUGGUCCAAGUUUAGAGGACUUAUUCAACUACUGCAACAGAAAGUUUUCUCUUAAAACAGUACUUAUGCUUGCUGAUCAGAUGAUCAACAGGGUAGAGUACAUGCACACUAGGGGGUUUCUACAUCGUGAUAUCAAGCCAGACAACUUCCUUAUGGGUUUAGGCCGCAAAGCAAGCCAGGUUUAUGUCAUCGACUAUGGUCUUGCAAAGAAAUACCGGGACCUCCAAACUCAUAAGCAUAUACCUUACAGGGAGAACAAAAAUCUCACAGGAACAGCACGCUAUGCUAGUGUAAACACCCAUCUUGGAGUAGAACAAAGCAGGAGAGAUGAUUUAGAGUCUCUGGGCUAUGUGCUUAUGUAUUUCUUAAGAGGAAGCCUUCCUUGGCAAGGUCUAAAAGCUGGCACAAAAAAACAGAAAUAUGACAAAAUUAGUGAAAAGAAAAUGCUUACUCCAGUUGAGGUUCUCUGUAAAUCUUAUCCCACAGAGUUCAUUUCAUACUUCCAUUACUGUCGAUCUUUGCGAUUUGAAGAUAAACCAGACUACAGCUAUUUGAAGAGACUUUUCCGAGAUCUAUUCAUCCGUGAAGGGUACCAGCUUGAUUAUAUAUUUGAUUGGACGAAGCAAGGUUCAGAAAGUAACAGAUUGCGAUCAAGUGGAAGGACAAGUGGGUUGGUGGGACCAUCUGCAGAACGGACUGAACGAGCUGCAGCAAGACAGGAUGUUCCUGACAGAUUCUCUGGUACAGUCGAUCCAUUUGCUAGAAGAACUGGCUCUGGUUCUGGCCAUUACGGAGAGCACACAAAGCACAGAAAUAUAUUGGAUUCAUUACUUGCACCCAAGACGGCUGUUGAUUUAGAUAAAAGAAGGCCCACAUCAUCAUCUCGUAAUGGGAGCACAUCAAGGAAGGCUCUCUUGUCAAGCAGCAGACCAAGUUCUGGAGAUCCCAUUGAUCCGAACCGCAGUAACCUAAUUCCAACCAGCAGUGGCAGCAGUCGCCCAUCAACUAUGCAGAGGCUUCACCAGUCAACAGGACUUGAGACCAGGUCCUCGCUUACCAAAACUGCAAGAAAUGUCCAUGAUGAUCCCACUUUGAGGACCUUUGAACGCCUUUCAAUCAGUGCUGACAGAAGGAAAUAAUGCUUCGAAGAGCAAAAGAUGUGAGUUGCUGCUCCAGUGAGGACACUGGGGAUUCCUUCACACGAUGAUUACUGAUCAACAAGUAAAAACCAUUCUGUGCUACAGAUGAUGCUGAGAUAUGCUUAAGAGUGAAGUUUGCUUACUGAAUCUUGGCGCAAAAGAAAUGGUUAAAGAAAUCAUUUUACACGCCAUUCAGAAGAACCCGGACCAGCAACUGUGCUGGUCCAAUUAAUGCUGAUGUUGAUCAAAUAUUUGUAGAAAUGUUAUUGAAAUAAAGCAGUUCAUUACUAGCAAAAUAUGUACUAUCACGUAGUAUUUCCUUUGUGCACUGCAACUAGAACUUCUGCCACUCUGCCACUAUACUCUUAAGAUAAUCAAUAUCCUUUUUUGCCUUAGUGCCCUUUAGAUACUCCGUCACAUUAUUUCCUUAAAAACUUGGAGAUCAUGUAAUCGUUAUUAAUAUAUCAUACGAUCAGAUAUCGUUAUUCAA